CGACAUGGUUGAAGCUGAUCGCCCUGGAAAGCUUUUCAUUGGGGGGCUGAACCCCGAAACUGACGAGAAAGCCCUCGAAGCCGCGUUUGGCAAGUAUGGCCGCAUCAUUGAGGUGCUGUUGAUGAAAGACCGAGAAACCACCAAGUCCAGGGGCUUCGCGUUUGUCACCUUCGAAAGCCCCGCAGACGCCAAGGCCGCCGCCAGAGACAUGAACGGCAAGUCCCUGGAUGGUAAGGCCAUCAAGGUAGCCCAGGCCACCAAACCGGCGUUUGAGAGUAGCCGGCGGGGCCCGCCGCCGCCCCGCAGCCGCGGUCGCCCGAGGGGCCUGCGCGGAACCCGCGGCGGCCCACGGCGACCCCUCUCCCGGGGCGGGUCCGCCGACGACGGCGGCUAUGCGGGGGAUUUCGACCUGCAGCCAUCCAGGGCCCCCAUGCCCCUGAAGCGCGGGCCGCCGCCGCCACGCAGGGCCGGGCCUCCGCCCAAGAGGGCCGCCCCGUCGGGCCCGGCGCGCAGCGGCGGCGGAAUGCGUGGGAGGGCCUCGGCCGCUCGUGGCCGAGACGGAUAUGCAGGCCCGCCGCGCCGGGAGCCGCCCCCCCCKCGCCGCGACCCCUACCUGGGCCCGCGGGAGGAGGGCUACUCGCCCCGAGACAGCUACUCGAGCCGAGACUACCCAAGCGCCCGCGACCCCCGGGAUUUUGYCCCCUCGCCCAGAGAGUACACCUACCGCGACUAUGGCCACUCCAGUGCCCGGGACGACUGUCCGUCGAGAGGCUACUGCGACCGUGACGGCUACGGUGGGCGCGACCGUGACUACGCGGAUCAUCCGAGCGGAGGCUCCUACCGAGACCCCUUCGAGAGCUACGGGGAUGCGCGGGGCCCGCCGCCAUCUUAUGGCGGGGGUCGCUACGAAGAGUACCGCGGCUGCUCGCCCGACGCCUAYGGCGGCGGCCGCGACGGGUACGGUGGCGGCCGAAGCGACCGCUAUUCGGGGGGCCGAGACCGGGUGGGAAGGCCAGAUCGCGGGCUGCCCCCGUCCAUGGAGAGGGGGUGUCCCCCRCCGCGUGAUUCCUACAGCCGGUCGGGCCGCAGGGCGCCCCCCAGGGGCGGCGGCCGCCUUGGAAGCCGCUCGGAGAGAGGGGGAGGCCGCAGUAGAUACUAA